CCAAGGCCUUGUAAGGUAAAGUGAAGUGGGCUACCUAUUGCUAUUUGUUUUUAAAUCGUUGAACCGGUUUUUUUUUCUGCAAUCUUAUGCAUUGACGUCGUGACUCGUAUGCACUGUAUACACGCUUUUGUAGUUUGGCCUAUUGCCUGUAUAGUGUACUCCGUAAUCCUUGUUACACGUGUUUGAGAAUCACAAGUUGAGAAUUUUUCCAUUUAAAAACUAAUUUUUAAAUUUUGAUUUUUAAGGAUGGAUAUCGAUCGUCGUUCUUUAAUUGUUAAUCUUUAUGAUAUAAACGCAUUUAAAUUUGGCUCUUUUCAAUUAAAAUCUGGUGAAUUGUCAAAAUAUUAUUUGGAUAUAAGAGUCAUUGUGUCGUACCCAAAAAUCCUAAAACAAGUUUGUACACUAGUAUCAACUAUCAUCCUCAAAGAUGAUGCAGACUCUAAAAAUCAAGUUCGUUUAUGUGGUGUGCCUUAUACAGCUUUACCUAUAGCUACUGUAGUAUCUAUAGAUACCAAUUUACCAAUGUUAAUUCGCAGAAAAGAACAAAAAACAUAUGGUACAAAAAAAUUAAUUGAUGGUGAAUAUUCUUGUGGUGAUGAUGUAAUUGUCAUUGAAGAUGUAAUUACGAGUGGUGCUAGUAUAUUAGAAACAGUAACUGAUUUGGAAAAAAGCAAUUUAAAUGUAUCAAAUGUUAUUGUUUUAGUAGAUAGGCAACAAGGAGGCAUGCGGCGUUUAAGUGAAAGAGGACUAAAGAUCAAAAGUUUGUUCAACAUUACAGAAAUUGUAACAAUACUUAAAGAAGCAGGAAAAAUAAGUGAUGAAGUAUAUCAAAGUGUUUUAGAUUAUGUCAUAAGUAAUCAAAUUCAACCUGUAAAAGAAUGUGAAAAACCAUUAAGAAUAAAACUAGAAUUUAAAGAAAGAGCUGGAUUAUUAGAAACUUCUAAAAUAGCUCAGAAAAUCUUUAAUGUAAGCUUAGAAAAGAAAAGUAACUUAUGUGUAGCAGUUGAUGUUGAUACUGCUGACAAACUUUUAGAUAUUGCUGAAAAAGUAGCACCGCAUAUUUGUAUUUUAAAAACUCAUAUUGAUGCCAUUAAUGGUGUCACAGAUGCUACUAUCAAUACUUUACAACACUUGGCCAAAAAGUACAACUUCCUUAUAAUGGAAGAUAGAAAAAUGGCAGAUAUUGGUAAUACUGUUAAAUUGCAGUACAAAAAAUUAGUGCAAUGGGCAGAUCUAGUAACAGUGCAUAGUGUUUCUGGUGGCAUGAUGUUAAAAGGCAUUCAUGAGGUGAUAAAAGAAAAUGCAGGUUUAUUAGAUAGCCGGGGUGUGUUUAUUGUUGCUGAAUUAAGUUGCAAUGGAAAUUUAAUAUCGGAACAAUACAUCAAAGAAACUGUGAAGAUUGCUGAAGAGUAUAAAGAUAUUGUGGCUGGUCUAGUGUGCCAAUCAUAUGACAUUAUUUCAUCACCAAGCUUACUUCAACUUACACCUGGUGUAAAUAUUAAAAAUUCCAAUGAUAAUCUUGGCCAACAAUAUCAAAGUCCUAGUGAUAUUAUUUUAACUAAAGGAGCUGAUAUUGCAGUAGUAGGUAGAGGUAUUUAUCAAGAUAGUAAUCCUGCUGAAGCAGCCAAAGUAUACAAAGAAUCAUUGUGGAAUACUUAUUUAGAACGUGUAUCAAAUUCUUGAUUACACUAUUAUAAUAACUAUGUCAAGUUUUUAACUAAUAGAUAUCAUUAAUUUGAUUUAUUUUUCAUAAAUGUAUACAGCCAUUUUUGCUACCAUAUUUUUUCUAUUCUAUGAUAGGUAUUAAUUUGUAUUGUUGAUAAUUUCAUUAUUAGCUACUGAAUGUUAGUUAUGGUAAUACUUAUAUGCAUAUUAUUUUUUAUUAAAUAAUUAAUAAUAUUUGCCAAAUUGUAUUUUUUUAUAACUAUGUUUAUAACUAACAUUUAUAAAAUAAUAAAUAUUAUUUAUUGUUUAA